AUGGCAUCUUUAAAGCUGCCAAAACAUAAAUCCACAGGGGGAGCACCAAAAGCUGGGGAGCCCUGGGGGCUCCAUGGGAGCCGGGGUGGGCAGCAGCGACCGCGCGGCUCCGGCGCUCGCAGCGGCCUGCGGCGACACCGAGCGGAGCCGAGCGCAACUGACGGCGCCGGGACACCGCGGCCACCGGGACACGGCCACCGGGACACCGCGGCCACCGGGACACGGCCACCGGGACACCGCGGCCACCGGGACACGGCUACCGGGACACCGCGGCCACCGGGACACGGCCACCGGGACACCGCCGCCGGAACACGACCACCGGGACACGGCCACCGGGACACGGCCACCGGGACACCGCCACCGGGACACGGCCACCGGCACACGGCCACCGGGACACCGCCGCCGGGACACGACCACCGGGACACGGCCACCGGGACACGGCCACCGGGACACCGCGGCCACCGGGACACCGCCGCCGGGACACGGCCACCGGGACACGGCCACCGGCACACGGCCACCGGGACACCGCCACCGGGACACCGCCACCGGGACACGGCCACCGGGACACGGCCACCGGGACACCGCCACCGGGACACGGCCACCGGGACACCGCCACCGGGACACGGCCACCGGGACACGGACACCGGCACACGGCCACCGGGACACCACCACCGGCACACGGCCACCGGGACACCACCACCGGGACACGGCCACCGGGACACCACCGCCGGGACACCGCGGCCACCGGGACACGGCCACCGGGACACGGCCACUGGGACACGGCCACCGGGAUACCGCGGCCACCGGCCAGGACACCACGGCCACCAGCCCCUCAAAGGCAGCGGGCAGGACUCGGGCUCUCCUAGUCUCUCCAUCGCCAGCGAACAGUGCAGGGACAGGUCAUGGGAAAGCCACAACGGGACACAGAUAAUCACAGAAUGGUUUGGGUUGGAAGGGAUCUCCUUCCACAAGGCAGGGGCAGGGACUCCUUCCACAAGGGGAAAGAGAGAAGGCAAAAGAAGCUGGAGUGCAGGCUCUGUAUGA